AUGUUCAUCUUGCGAAUGGAGGCGCAAUCUUCACCGUGGAGAGAUCGCCGCAUCUGCUCGUUACUUCUGGAUGUACUCAGAGAGAUCGCCGCAUCUGCUCGUUACUUCUGGAAGGUGACGCUCACCCAACAAAUUCAAGACCAGACAAUCGACAAAGACUUGAAUGGCUUCAAAAGGGCGAUUCCAGACAACGAAACACGCGUCAUGGCACUGAACGAGUUGGCGUGCGAGCACGGCGAAGGAUUUCUCUAUUAUCUCCCCUCCAGAGAUGUGUGGAAAACAAACGCCGAAGCAGACAUUCUGCCUGUCAGCCGGCGCACGGCAGUCCCUGGGUAA